UCUGCGUCAGUCGCCCAAUUCCUCUCCAAAAGCCAUCGGCUCUUACCAUCCUCGUAGUUCUCCAAUAGGGCACGCAGGAGCGCCUCGCGGGAUAAUCCACACUCGGUGAGGGCCUGAACAUGGAGUCGGGCGGCCGCCAGGCUGUCGGGAGGCGGAUCAUGGAAAGGAUCCAUGGCGAGACCAAGUAAUGUAAGCUACGUAUGUGAGUGAAUGAAAGAAAGAAAAGAGAGUGCUGAGCGGCCCGAGUCUCAGCCCAGCCUGAGCUCGGGAUCGAAAAGGCCCAGUGGGGGGAAAACGGACAGGUCGCAAGGUCAAAAGAAAGGAGUAGUAGGUACUAAGUUCAAAGAGGGUGAAGGAGGUGCUCCCGGCAUGAGUCCAACGCCGUCAGCUCUCCAUCACGGGCAGAGCAACCACCAAAGUGCGAAAAACGGACAAAAUGAAGAAACGAAGAAGUUCAGAUGCACCGAAGCGAGCCCAACGUGCAGUGCGAGACACAAUCAGGAAUAUAAUACGAGACCGCAGGAAAUCGAAAUGGAACAGGGGGAGCAGGCGGGGAGGGCUCAGGGAUGCAGCGCGCGGCGCAGGUCGGGGUCGGGGGUGGCCGGGAGGGAGUGUUGUGCAUGGAUAAAAAGCGUCCGCCGGCGGCGCAGGCCCAAUGCCGCGAACAGUCGAUUUCCAUGCCUUGUCCUGGCACACCCAGCUGUCCAAACUUCUGUUGAGUAACAACCUGGAAGACAAUCUUGAAGCAAAGCAACAUUGCCAAAACUGAAGACUCGGGUGCGGCAGAUCGCCUGCUACCACGCGAUGGAAGACCCAGCAGCCGCUGAUUGGCCUAGGACACCCCUUGUUCCACCUGAAACGCAGCCCAGGAACAGCGUUUCGAAACAAGACGCCCUGUAGCUAGGCGCCCAAUCAGCACGCGCCGAGUGA